CACAGCUGUUUGUUGAUCCUCAGGACGAACGAUUGAUAAAAUAAAAUAGGCAAUAAAUAUCGCCACCACGAAGUACAGGAGCACAUUUAAGUGAACGUAUUAGCGCGAGUUACAUUACACGAGUUACACGCCUGCAAUUAGCUGUUAAGUGUGUCGCUGCCAAUUCUACAUUGGAACUGAGUUUUUAAUUACACUCACGCGAUGAACUACUUGCGCACAGCAUGCGAAAUCGCACGUAGGUCUGCCAAUGGCCUGCAGCAUAAGCCGGUAACGAUGACGUUGUUUCAGUCACGUAGUGCUCGAGCGUUCUGUUCCCAGGUCGAGCCAAAGCAGACUCCCAAGCCGAGCGCCACAACUGGCAAUGGGCCUAAACUGAGUACACAUACCCACUCUCCAAACAACUUGGAAAAACGUAUGCUUGUUUUUGCGAAACGAUACAAAUCGAUAGAUGAAGUUCCCAGCUUCGUCAGCCAAGAAACGAUGGAGCGAGUCCGGAACCAGGUGCGCAUCAAGAUCGCCAAUUACAUGAUGAUUGCAACGGCGAUCGGUUGCAUCAUUAUGGUGAUCAGCGGGAAGAAGGCUCAGGAGCGUGGAGAGUCCGUGUCCCAGAUGAACCUUGACUGGCACAAGGAGUACAACAAGAAGGCCCACGAAGAAUACGAGGCUUCGCUGGCGGCCGAAGCGAAAAAGUGAAAACCUUUUACCAUCUCUGUUCGGAUAUAUUGGAGUUUGGAGUAUUUUAAAGUGUUGUCCUCGCAGUUGUUCUGCCACACCAUUAUGUAAAUAAAGUAGGUGAAUUGAUAGGCUUUGUGGAAAUAUGAUUCCUUUUUAUUAUACGCUCGUUCUCUUGUAGAUUGUACUCAGUAAAGCUGAA